GCUACAUGGCUCAUGCCUCCUCCCCUUAUACAAUCUUGAUUAAUGUGUAGAAUAAUUAACGCCUUGCCAGGCAAUAUGUGGACCCGAUAUGGAAAAACAGGGGGCAUUCAUUCGAUUACCGAUCUUGUUUGGGAAAAAGAAAAGAAGCAAAAGAAGCGAGCGAAAGCCAGAAUUCGUCAUGGAUUGAAAGAUAUUUACCGUCGGUCCCACUACAUCUUUUGGAAGAUAAGCUCCCGUCGGUACCCGCAAUCGCAGCGAUCGCUAGGCUGUGAUUAGACCAAACUCUCAGGAACCUCCCUCCCUCCUGUCACCAUUCCAUUUGUUUGCCCCACCUCACCUCCAAUAACGCGU